CAGCUCCCCUGCUACCCAGGAAAAGACGCUGAUCCGGACGUUGGGUCUUUUCUCCGGUCCUGUUUGAAUGUGUCGGACCCCCCUCCCCUCCCCGCAGUCCCACCCACCGCUCUCCAACACAAACACACCACCAGUCCUCAUUUACUGGAUCUGCUCUUUGCUACCAGAGCCUUUACCUCCUCUGCUUUUAUUUCAGGAGAAAGAAAGGAGGGGUGUUUGUUUCUUCCCUUAAACGGAUUGAUUUCUGACUUGAUUCUGGAUCUGGUUUGUUCUCCUUCCACCGGGGCUGCCGCUGCUGGACCAGAGCUGAUGCCCCCGCGAAUGUAAUUAAAUGUCAAAGAAACUGGUUUAAACCGCGGAACAAAGGGACGUUGAAGAUAUUUCCACCACCCGGUGUGUCAGUCAUUUUUCCACCACUGCAGUUGUCAAGUUGGAGCCUUGCUGAGAAAUGGACAAGCCCCUCUAAACUGAAGACGCUGCUCUGCACUCACAAACACAGGACUUGAUUUUUGGACGAGGAUCUCCCUCCCCACACAUUCCCCGAGUGGAGCAACAAGCCAGCAGAACAUGUUCACUCCCUUGUUUCACAAGAGGAGCAUGCACGUCCGGGUCAGGAGUUAACCUCUGAGCUCAUCUCCUCCACCUGCCUCCUUUAAGAACUACACUACCCGCAAUUUCUGUGAACUGACUACUCGGUCUGACAUUUAGAUCAGUUUAACAAAGAGACACUCAGAGGAACAAAAACUACAAUAACAACACUGCUGUGAAGAGGACCAACAUGGCCAACAACACGGCAGACCACCCUCCGGGGAAUUCGGUUGCAGAGGGCAACCAUGACGGGGACUUUGGGGUGACCGUGGCAGAACUGAGAAACCUGAUGGAACUGCGGAGCUCUGAGGCCGUCAACAAGAUACAGGACACGUAUGGAGACGUGCAGGGCCUGUGCCGCCGGCUGAAAACAUCACCUAUAGAAGGUCUGUCUGGUAACCCCGUUGAUUUGGAGAAACGUCACGCGUUGUAUGGCCAGAACUUCAUCCCCCCCAAGAAGGCUAAGACGUUCCUGCAGCUGGUGUGGGAGGCUCUGCAGGACGUCACGCUUAUAAUCCUGGAAAUCGCUGCCAUCAUCUCUCUGGGCCUGUCUUUCUACCAUCCACCAGGGGGUGACAGUGAAGCAUGUGGCCAGGUUGCAGGCGGUGUCGAGGACGAGGGUGAGUCCCAGGCUGGGUGGAUCGAGGGUGCCGCUAUCCUGUUCUCGGUCAUCAUUGUGGUCCUGGUGACGGCCUUCAAUGAUUGGUCUAAGGAGAAGCAGUUCCGCGGGCUGCAAAGUCGCAUCGAGCAGGAACAAAAGUUCACUGUCAUCCGUAAAGGCCAGGUCAUCCAGAUCCCUGUGGCUGAGAUUGUGGUGGGAGACAUUGCUCAGAUCAAAUACGGAGACCUGCUGCCUGCUGAUGGGAUCCUGAUCCAAGGCAACGACCUGAAGAUCGAUGAGAGCUCUUUGACAGGAGAGUCCGAUCAGGUUCGCAAGUCUCUGGAGAAGGACCCCAUGCUGCUGUCCGGGACCCAUGUAAUGGAAGGAUCAGGCCGGAUGGUGGUGUCAGCCGUCGGCCUCAACUCUCAGACCGGCAUCAUCUUUACUCUUCUGGGCGCCAGCGAGAACGAAGAAGAGAAGAAGGUCAAGAAAAGUAAAAAACAAGGACCCCCCGAAAAUCGCAACAAAGCCAAAACCCAGGAUGGCAUUGCCCUGGAGAUUCAGCCGCUGAAGAGCGAUGAGGCUGCCGAGUCGGAGGAGAAAGAAGAGGUCAAACCAGUGAAGAAGGUCAACGUGACUAAGAAGGAGAAGUCUGUGCUGCAGGGCAAACUGACCAGACUGGCUGUACAGAUUGGCAAGGCUGGUCUGAUCAUGUCGGCUGUGACCGUCAUCAUCCUCAUCCUCUACUUUGUGAUCGACAAUUUCGCGGUCCAGGGUCGGUCCUGGCUGGCAGAAUGCACCCCCAUCUACAUUCAGUACUUUGUCAAGUUCUUCAUCAUUGGUGUGACAGUGCUGGUGGUGGCUGUUCCUGAGGGGCUGCCGCUUGCCGUCACCAUCUCUCUGGCCUACUCCGUCAAGAAAAUGAUGAAGGACAACAACCUGGUGCGUCACCUGGACGCCUGUGAGACCAUGGGCAACGCCACAGCCAUCUGCUCGGACAAGACUGGCACGCUUACGAUGAACCGCAUGAAGGUGGUGCAGGCGUACAUUGGUGACAAGCACUACAAAACCGUCCCUGAACCCGACGCCAUUAAACCAGAGACUCUGGAAAUGAUGGUCAACAGUAUCUCCAUCAACUCGGCGUACACCACCAAGAUCCUGCCUCCAGAGAAAGAAGGUGGCCUGCCCCGCCACGUGGGCAACAAGACUGAGUGUGCUCUGCUGGGCCUGGUGCUGGACCUGAAGAGGGACUACCAGCCAAUCAGAGAGGAGGUCCCCGAAGAGAAACUGUACAAGGUUUACACCUUUAACUCAUCCCGCAAGUCCAUGAGCACGGUGCUGAAGAACCCUGAUGGAGGCUUCCGCAUGUACAGCAAAGGAGCGUCAGAGAUCGUCCUGAGAAAAUGCUCUCGUAUCUUGGACGCCCAGGGUCAGCCUCGGAUCUUCAAGCCAAAGGACCGUGACGAAAUGGUGCGUAAGGUGAUUGAGCCAAUGGCGUGUGACGGGCUGAGGACCAUCUGCGUGGCUUACAGGGACUUUCCCGCCGAGGCUGGAGAGCCGGAAUGGGACAAUGAGAAUGACAUCCUGAACGAGCUCACCUGCAUUGUUGUGGUCGGCAUCGAGGACCCCGUCAGACCUGAGGUACCUGAAGCUAUUGCUAAGUGCCAGCGUGCAGGCAUCACUGUACGCAUGGUCACUGGAGACAACAUCAACACGGCCCGCGCCAUCGCAACCAAGUGUGGCAUCCUUCUGCCUGGGGAGGACUUCCUGUGUCUGGAGGGCAAGGAGUUCAACCAGCAGAUCAGAAACGACAACGGAGAGGUUGAGCAAGAGCGUCUGGACAAAGUUUGGCCUAAACUGCGCGUUCUGGCUCGUUCUUCGCCGACAGACAAACACACUCUGGUCAAAGGCAUCAUUGACAGCACGGUGGGUGAAACUCGACAGGUGGUGGCAGUGACAGGAGAUGGUACCAACGACGGCCCAGCCCUCAAGAAAGCUGAUGUUGGCUUUGCCAUGGGAAUCGCCGGCACAGACGUGGCAAAGGAAGCGUCUGACAUCAUACUGACUGACGACAACUUCACCAGCAUCGUCAAGGCCGUCAUGUGGGGAAGGAACGUCUACGACAGCAUCUCCAAGUUCCUGCAGUUCCAGCUGACCGUCAACGUGGUGGCUGUGAUCGUGGCGUUCACCGGCGCCUGCAUCACACAGGACUCUCCUCUGAAGGCUGUCCAGAUGCUCUGGGUCAACCUAAUCAUGGACACUCUGGCGUCUCUCGCUCUGGCCACCGAGCCGCCCACCGAGUCUCUGCUGUUACGUAGACCGUACGGCCGCAACAAGCCCCUCAUCUCCAGGACCAUGAUGAAGAACAUCCUGGGACACGCCGUGUACCAGCUCGUCAUCAUCUUCACCCUGCUGUUCACUGGUGAGACGAUUUUCGACAUUGACAGCGGCCGUAACGCUCCCCUGCACUCACCGCCGUCGGAGCACUACACCAUCGUAUUCAACGUGUUUGUCAUGAUGCAGCUUUUCAAUGAAAUCAACGCCAGGAAGAUUCACGGAGAGAGGAACGUGUUCGAGGGCAUCUACCGAAACCCCAUCUUCUGCAGCGUCGUACUGGGGACCUUCGCCCUGCAGAUCGUCAUUGUUCAGUUCGGAGGGAAGCCGUUCUCCUGCACAGCUCUGACCAUCGACCAGUGGCUGUGGUGUGUGUUCAUCGGUGUGGGAGAGCUGCUGUGGGGACAGCUGAUCUCAGCCAUCCCGACCCACCAUCUGAAGUUCCUGAAGGAGGCAGGUCACGGCAGCACGAAGGAGGAGAUCCACGAGGAGCAGAUGACGGAGGGCGCCGACGAGAUCGACCACGCUGAGAUGGAGCUGAGGAGGGGCCAGAUCCUCUGGUUCAGAGGUCUGAACCGCAUCCAGACACAGAUGGAUGUGGUCUAUACCUUCCAGACGGGCCAGGCACCGGUGCCCGGUGCCCUGCGCCGCCAGCCGUCCGUCGUCAGCCAGCACAAUGACAUUAAGGUGGUGAACGCGUUCCGUAGCUCCCUGUACGCCGGGCUUGAGAGCCCAGAGUCCCGUAGCUCCAUCCACAGCUUCAUGGCCCAUCCUGAGUUCGUCCCACUGUCCGAGGAGGAGGCUCGCAUCCCCCCCAUCAAGGAGACUGGAGACGAGAUCGACCCCCUCCCCAGCGCCUCCUCUAGGUCGGGGGGAGGAGGAGAGCCGCCCAGCGCCUUCACCCACAGCCGCGAGUCAUCCAUCUGAGCUCCUUCUUCUCCUCCCUCCUCUCUGUCAGCAUCAUCUGUCAUCACACCAACUGAACUGUCGCACUGAGGAGGGAAGUCAUCACUCUGCUCAUCCCCUCAUUCUGCACACACACAUUCUUCACACCGUCUUCACCCCUCUCAGUCAUUCCUGCCACGUUGUGUUUUACAUACUGACUGUGGCAUCGUCCUGCCUGUAAGUUUGUCCCUCCACCACCACAAUCACACGCAUUGUAUCAGCAGAGGGUGGAGUCCAGAGUCUCCACUGUGGAAGGCUUGUCCUUGUCCAUUCAUGUAUAUUUUUUACUUGAUGAUCCUUUUGAAAAGCUUUUAAACUUUGUUGGGUUCGAUCUUUGGGGGACUCGCAGCAGCAUGUCGUGUUCUGUACUCGCUUCAUUCCUGCGUAACGCUCUCAAAAACGGCACCGAACUUUUCAAAAGAGUGCAGUGAUUCUCAUGUACAUACGCUUUUCGGCUCCUCCACACAGCUAAUAGCCGGGUUUGGUGAUCAGAAGAUUUUUAGGCAAAAGCAAAAAUGUAAUCUUUUUUUUUUUUCUUUUUUUUAACGAUCGUAAAAUCAUGGUUGAUUCAGACUCCUGAGAAUGUCUUGUGAGUGUGACACUACAGUCUUCAAGGUUUAGUUGUUUAAAAAAUUGUUCUUCCCUUUAUCGUUUUUGUAUGUGAUGGUUUUUCUUUAGCUGCUGUGUUGCAUGUGGAAGGACCGAAUGUUUACUACCCAAAAAUAUCUAACAUGGCGGCGCCCAGAGCAGAGCUGCUCAAUGGGGGUCUGAUCUCAUCUCAUCCAGUCAGGGUUCUGGUUCUCUCUGCCCCUCCCCCAGUACGUCCACAUUGUUGAUAGGAAGCACGAGUGUGGUUCAUGUUUCCCCAUCUAGUAGGAUGCAUGUUAUGUUUCAUUCGUGUUGAGUCGCAUGAUAACUUACGAAUGAAUAUUUGCGAUUGUGUUUAGACAUGUGUGUUAGUCUACAGCAGCGUCGGUUCAGAGCUCCACUAACUUCCUGUCUGUAGGACUGAACAUCCUGUUAACACAACAAGACAAGAGCUGACUCAUCAUUACUCAGCUCAUGUUGAGGAAACAGCAGGAGGGCAGCUAAAGCCCUGAAAUACUCCUUGCAGGGUUCGUCAAAGUAUUUGAAAGUUGGAGAAAUGCUUAAUUUGAACUUUUAUGUUUUCAAGGUUCGGAAUAUGCUUGAAUUCAAAUUAAGUCCUUGAAAAAUGCUUGAUUUUUAACAUAAUCUGGUGUUUCAUCUACACACUCUUUCAUGUAAACCAAAAAUCUUUUAAUAUUGAAAUGAAACUGUUUUUUUGUUUGACUUUUUUUUUUCUCCUGGCGUCUCACACCAGACGUGGAGUGGAGCUGCUUGACUGACACGGCCACGAAAUGAAAAGGGGGCGUUUUUGCGUUCCCCUCCACGUCAGGUAUAAACCCGACAUCAGGGCAUUGAAGAUAGCUAACUAACUAUUGUACCUGCUCAUCAGCUACUAGAGCUACUGAUUUUGUAAUUGAUUUAGUAACAUGCCUGGCUGUCUUUUUAUUGACAACUGGCUGGCAAACGAAAAAUAAAAAAAUGACUCCUAAGAGGAGCCAAAUUGAUUCAUAACUAGAUAAGUCUUUGCCUUGUUUAUUCCUAACCUGGAAAUUAGCAAGCAUUAAAUAAUCAUGUUCAAAACUAAUAUAAACAGCUGCUAAAAUAAAAGUGACAAUACAUUGAUUACUGUGGGUAUAAAAGAAUUUUUUAAACCAUUGCAAUUAAAAAAAAAAACAAUUUAAAUGUGAUGGUAAAGGCAAGGGGAGUCUGGACAUUUUUGCUUUAGGUACCUUGAAAGAGCUUGAAUUGCACUUUCUUGCACAAAUCUGUACGAACCCUACUACAGUAGGUGUAUCCAUAGGUGGACCUGUAGGCGAGUAAACUCUGCGUACAGUACGUGUGGCCCUAAAUUUUGUGGUUCCUUGCGAACGUGAUUCAUCCAUGCAUACCCAUGCUGGGUUGCACUGAUAAAAUGAGGCCGACAAGAAAGGAUGCAGCAUUCCCUGAAAAUUAUCUUUCCGCUCCAGUUGUCUAUGUUUGUACCAGCAACUGUGCACUGAGCUCGGUGCUGGUUUCAGUUCAAUUAGGUUAACAAAUAGACACAGACGGAAACGAAAAUACUCCAGGGAUGAACGUUAUCACUCAUUGUCCAUCAAAUGCCAGUCUUAUCUCCUUCCUCCUCCCUCUCUCUCUCUCUCUCUCUCUCUCUCUCUCUCUCUCUCUCUCUCUCUCUCUCUCUCUCUCUCUCUCUCUCUCUCUCUCUCUCUCUUUUUAUCUCCCCAGCUUCUCCCUCUGCCUGACAUGCUCAUAUUAGAUAAUACCCACCCUCUUAAUGUUUGGCAACCAGUCAAAAAUGACAGAUGACAACCUGUGACCGUGACACUGUGAGGCGACCCCCCCCCACACACACACACACACACACACACACACACACACACACACACACACACACACCCCCACCCCGCUAACCACUGCCCCACUGUGCCGUCCUCGCAGAUGACAAAAUGUCGACAUUUAAGUCACUUCUUUUAGGUUUGGACUCUCCAAACUGAACGCUACUGCCACAGGAUGAGGAAGUGCUCAUCCCUUUGUCUCUCAAAAUAAACGUCCUUAAGGAGACCUGGGUUGCAGGAGCACCAGAUUAGCCCCAGUUUACCUUGUCUUCUCCCCAGACACAUCCUCAAACUCUUCCUGGUGACUCAUGAUGAUAAUGAUGUUUUAUAAUGUGACUCAGAUUUAAAGUAGAACUACUGCACCUCUGUAAUAAAAACACAAAGACUAAUAACAAUUUAACCAUUUAGAGGCUCUCAAGCGUGCCCACAUAGUCUUUACAUUGGCUUUAGAUGUAAUCUCUGCCUCUGAAAUUAGCUUUGUGUUAAUUUUGAACACGUUAAAAUAGGAAUGUCUCCACUAUCGAUGAGUCUGUUUUUGUGUCAGUUCAACAGACAGGAAGUUAAUAGAUCUCUGAACAAGGUCUGGACCGUCUGCCUGUGUUCAGGACAAAUCUUAGUACCAGUUCUGAUGUUUUUGUUCCCCUUGUUUGUCAGAUUUUCUGAACAGAAACUAAAUCAGCUGUCAGUGACAUCACACAGCGAGCAGCAGAGAAGGUGUUUGAUCGUCAUCCCUCUCCGCUCUGCUGUGUUUGAUUAACAGACGUCAGUGUGGCGGCCACGCUGAGGUUUAUGGGAGACUGACGAUGUCACCAGUCGGCCUGUAGAGUUUCAUCCACUGUGUGUCCCCGCUGCCGCUCAGUAUGUUCUGCCUGCCAUUGUCUGCAGAUUACUGUCUUAAAAGAAGAAGAAAUCAUCUUCCAAUCAGAAGCAGCGAUGCAUCUAAUCCCCGCAAAGUCUGACUAGCAGCCAUCAACCUAUCAAUGAACCAGGACACGUUAUUGAAGUAAUGUGCUACUACUGCCAUAUUUCCAGCUUUUUGUCAUGACUAGGUUCUUCCUCUCCCCUCUGAUGAGCUUUUUCUAUGUAACUCAGAGCCAUAUUUUAUAGGUUGUCUGUAUUGUUUUUUUUAUCUCAUUAUUAUUGAGGUUUCCUUUGGACUUUCUCACCCCUGACCCCCCUCCCCUGGCCCUUUACUCCAAACACGACCAAAAAGCAAGGAGAAAAUCUUCAGUCGUCACUGCCGAACCAAGUUUAAAGGACCUCUACAAUGUUUACAUGAAAAGCAAGUGGGUGGCAGUUCGCCUGCGCUUCUCUCAUCCGACCACUUCCCUUUCAUUCCCUUACUUUCCUGAAUCUUAGAGUUACUAUUUAACUAAAUGGGGAAUCUUUCUUGCAUGUUUUUCAUAUAAAAUUCAAUGUUUUGCUCAUUUUUUACAAUUCUUCUGUAUUUUUAUAUUAAGUACUUUUUAAUAUUUUGGAGAUAUAUGAAUAUAUAUGUAUAGGCUGAAGAGUUUGGUGACAGUGCAGUACAUGAAUGAGAUGAAUCUAUCGUGGACUCUGUCUUUUUACAGCUCUCUAAAUAUUUAUGCCACGUGUGUCGUCUUGGUCACCUGAUGUUAGGGCUCAGAAACCUGCAGUGACUUGUUUACUUCCUGUUGGCCGUUCAAUUGGAAUCUCAACAAUCUAGUUCCAUCAGCCCCCUUUUACAUGAGCAUAUUCACGUUAUGUUGUGAUACACUACACGCUAUGUGAUUUGCAGUUAUCCAACUCCAUUAGAGUUCAGCAAAUGCAACAUGAAUACAGCUAACUGUAUCUAACAUUAAACGGGAGUGUAUAAUUAUUUAUCCAACCGCUGGGUUUCUUUGUUUUUGUACUUUGAAGCUACUACGACUGAUUUCUUUGAAUGAGUGGACUGACUCUGUUUUCCAACUGGCUGUUGUUGGAGCUGACGACUUUAAAGAGGAUCAAAGCUGUGUCCCGCUUCAGGCACCGCCUCCUUUGAAAGGGGCGUGGCCUAUGAAGGCGUGUCUGCCCCUUUUCCAAAAAAUGAGCUCCAAUCCCUUUUAGACAAACCAAAACUGAGAAAGUAACCUGAGGACCAAAGCAUAUGUGCACAAGUGACUCUUAUUUUUAUUAACUGGCCUUGACCCAGUUUCCCAAAAGCAUCUUCAGGUUAAGACGAUCCUAGUCCAAUUGUAAGUCUAUGGGCUCUGAUCCAAAUCGGACUUGAGGACAGUUAGACCUGGGCCAACACAACCUGAUUAGACUGAAUAUAAUUUGAACCCAGCUCGACUUGGGUCUUGGGUCAGGUCUAGUUUCCUCUCUUCGUUAUUAGUAAGUAAUUCCAGUAUUACUGUGACCAGGAGCUGUAAUACCUUUAGUAAGUUUGUAUUUGGAGUUUUUGUUGAAACUUCUAUUUUGGUAUUUGAACAUCCCACAACGGCUCUGUACAGAACAGUUUUUGUUCAUUUGAAGAUGUUUCUUUCACUGAUUUGAGCGUCUGUUGCUGUACAUGUUUGCAGACUGUGGGGUGAGGGGGCUAGGUGGGCUGUCUAAUUAUUACUAGGGCCCCAAAAAGACUUGGGCAGGCCCCGGACCACAGGUUGCGUCGUCAAAAUUCAGUCCAAAGAAGGAAGAGACGCCACUUUUUUCAGCUUCAUUCCUAAUUUUAUAUUUGGUUGUGAAUUUCGGACAUUAAAGAAGGCGGAGCCUGUGACGGGACACGGCUGCAGCUGUAGAUCAUCGCCAUUUUAUACAACUACUAACUUCAGAAACAUUUCCUGGGAAGAGAGCAGGACUGUUAAAGCGCUCAUGACAUUGCGCUCUUUCUGCCGUGUGUGUUGGUUAUAAAUGAGACACAGACGACGUUUCCUCUUAGUUUUCUGCUGAAUCUGACCUUUGCUCCUACAGUCAGUGCAAUGUAAAUAUUGUCUUAUAAGUGAAUGAAGUGUACCUGCUGUCUGUGUCGGUGACAGGAAAUGGGGAGAGGGGGCAAUCAGCCAAUCAUCACCCAGCAAAGCUUUAAGAAUGUUCUGCCAAAGUCGUUCUCCGUUUUCUUUUCUUCUUCUGCACAAGUUUGUUUUAGAAAGUUUGACAUGACCCCCCUCCCUUCCUCCCUCCCUCCCGCCUGGUUAAGAUUGUCCCUCUGCUCUUGCCAUGGCCUUGAUGUGGCUGUGGUGGUCGUCUCUUGGACUGGUUGCCCUCACGUCUCAUGCCAGGUGCACAGUACAGCACCGCCAUCAGAGGCUCCAGACCUGUUUGUGCUUGUGGUUUCAACUGCAUCACAAAUAUAACAGUCCAGGACGAGACUCGGCAGACGAGACUUGGGGGGGAAAAAGAAGGAACUCGCUUCUUAUCCAGUCGGAUUUUGACUGCGGGUCUUCCUCUUCAGAGCACUGCCUCUUUCAGAACAGCUUCCUGUCAUCGGAUAUUAAGGAAUUCUUUGGAGAAUCUUCACAUCCACUUCAUUUGCUAAUUAAAAAAAUGUUUCAAAUAAACUGGAUUAUCAAAGUUGGAAAAGUCAUAACCACUUAACACAUAUAUCUAUAUAUUUAUAUAUUAUCUCUGUAUAUUUAUAUCUAGUAUAUAUUUAUGUAUAUAUAUAUAUAUAUAUACAUAGAUAUAAUUAGAUAUAAGUAUAUAGAUAUAUAUGGUUUCUCAGUUGAACUUCAUUGCAAAAAAGACUGAAAAAGAUUUGUUUUCUGUAAUUACUAUGAUACACAGUAAUAGGCGUUGGUGUUAUUUUUGUAUAAACAUAAUAUCAUCUAUGUGGCAUGCAUGACAUAUAUACAAACUUUGGUGGUUUAAAGCAAUAUGUCCAACCUGGUGCGAUUGGUUCUGUCGUGUUCUGUGUAGCCUAAAGCCACUCUGUGCGAAAAGAGAUUUUAAAAAAAAAAAAAAAAAAAUUGAGAGAAACUGCAUUCGGAUAAAACUAACCGUUCAGUAUAUGUGUUCAAUGUUCUGUGUUCUGCAUGUUUUAGUAUGGAAUGAAACAUCCCAAAAGUUUGACUUGUUUUUCAAAUGAAAAAUCUCAAAUACUCGCCCCAAACACAUGCAACAUUACACACACACACACACACACGCGCACACGCACACACACACAGACAGACACACACAUAUUUGCACUGUGAGGUGAAACACACUGAGGAAAUUAAACUGUGUGACUUCUGAUGGA